GGCAGGAUACACCCUGGACAGAUCACCAGUCCAUCGCAGGGCUUUAUUUUAGUUUAGUUUUAUCUGGACUGCAAGGUCUGAAGGAUGAUUCAUACCGUUUUGAUUUGAUAUGAAGUUUUACGAAUUUAUUAAUGUGUGUGCUUGUUCUUCAGAGUGGAUCAUAGCGGGAAGAUCAGGAUGAAACCAGGACUGAAGAAAUAUGCUGUUGAUCUCACUCUGGAUCCAAACACAGUGAACAGUCAUCUCUCUCUGUCUAAGAGCAACAGAAAGGUGGAGCGUGUGGAAGAGGAUCAGUCGUAUCCAGAUCAUCCAGACAGAUUUGAUUACUGGCAGGUUCUGAGUGUGGAGAGUCUGACUGGACGCUGUUACUGGGAGGUUCAGUGGUACGGAAAGAGAGCUAAUAUAUCAGUGUCAUACAGAGGAAUCGGGAGGAAAGGAGUCAGUGAUAACUGCAUGUUUGGAUAUAAUAAACACUCCUGGAGUCUGGACUGCAUUCAAAACAGUUACUCUGUCCUUCACAAUAAACAUGAAACUGUCCUACCGACUCCCUCCUCCCCCUCUAGCAGAGUAGCAGUGUAUCUGGACUGGGGGUCCGGCACUUUGUCCUUCUACACCAUCUUCCCUGGCACACACACACUGACCCACCUAUACACAUUCACCACCACAUUCACUGAGCCGCUCUAUGCUGGAUUCUGGGUGUAUGAUGAGUCCUCAGUGAGAUUGUGAGAUAGAAUAACCUCUACACAGAGAGAGAGGGAGAGAGAGAGAGAGAGAGAGAGAGAGAGAGAGAGAGACAGGUUGGUAAAAAUGUGUUUGUUUAUCAGUUUGAUCUCCGACUGUAAAUAUGAGAUAAAGCAAAGCUUUUUGUGGUUAAACUGUUCAAAAUAAAUGAAAAGAGAAUAAAAAUAAACAGUUUUCUCUAAAAUGUGAGUUCAGAAAAAGACUAAACAGCACAGAAACACAUGGCCAUGUGUUCAUAUAUGAGAUACAUUUCAGAUUUACUGUUACAGAAACACAUUUAUUACACACACAAAUAUUCAUGCAUACACACACCUUGUUUUCUAUAUUAAUGUCUUUUAAUUUAUUCUAAUGUAGUGUAAAAUCACACUUACUCUUGCGAUGAUGGUUUAAACACUGAGUUUAGUGGGCUAAAACUUUUUCACAGUGCUGUAUAUACGCUGAAUAUAUUUCUGUUCUGUAAAAUUCAGAUAUUUUAGUGUAGUAGCCCUGUGUCAGUGUUGGGGAAGUUGUUCUAAAAUAGUGCUGAUUGACUCAUUACUCAUUAAUGCUAAAGUACUGAAUUAUCGUACUUAUUUACUUACUUACUCCCUGUGGCCAGUAAUUCGUUAGUUCUAUGUUACUGAGCUGCAUUGUUGCGUAAUCGCCAGUUAAACCUGACAAAUGCUCACCUAUCAACACAGACCCCCACUCUAAUCAGGAGGAUGAGCAUGAGUUCUUUCCGCUAUGCUCUUUAAAAAGCUCCCCAAAGUCGACAGCAGAGCUGGAGAAAACCAGCCCAGAGAGCUUCACAGAGAAAUCUUGAGGACAGAACCUGUUUCUGAGAGAUGGAGAUUUUGCUGUGGAAACUGGCAACAUUUCCUCUACUGUGUAUGACACUGUGUUUAUCUCUGCACUGGAAA